CGACAGCCACCAACCAACAGUCCUCAAACCAAUCGGCACCUGGCUAGCAAGUGCCCACUUCCAGCUUCCAGUGUUACUCCAGCUACUUUACAAAGGAAACGAAUCCUGUUGGCCGUGGUUGGAUGAAAGGAUACUCUAGCCGAAUGCCAGGUUUAUUAGCAGGAUUCCUUGGGUAUCAUUCUUUGACAUUGACAGUUUGGAUUCUUUCUUCUUUCGCCAUGGAACCGUGCAGCCGCCCGCUCUGUCUACAUCCGCCAAUGGCAGCAAGGGAGCUUUGAUCUUUCUGCAUGGUCUCGGUGAUUCCCCUGCAGGAUGGUCCGAGCUCCAGAGGUCGCUCCCGCAGAUGAAGCCUCGCCUCAAAGAUAUCACCUACGUCUUUCCGCCGGCACCGACGAUUGGCAUUACCAUCAAUGGAGGCAUGCAAAUGCCGGGAUGGUUUGAUCUCUUUGAUUGGCCGAUUGGCGUGGGUUCCAAAGACGACCGAGAAGGGUUGGACAAGGCAGUGGCACAAAUCGAAUCGGAGGUUAAAAAGUUGGGAGAAGCCGGGAUUCCUCCCUCCAAGAUUGUCGUUGGAGGUUUCUCACAGGGUGGAGCCAUUGCGCUCUUGACCUGCUACAGAGGGCAAGAAACCUUUGCAGGUUGUGCAGGUCUGUCGGCGUGGUUAACCUUGCCAGGAGACCUGGAUGUUUCCGACAAUGCCAAACAGAUUCCUCUGUUUUGGGGACAUGGUAAAAUGGACGAUAAGGUCCUGUUUGCUCAGCAAGCAUUUGGUGUGGAGAAGCUUCGAAGUCAAGGUGUUUCCGUCGUGGACAAAGCCUACAACAUGGGACACAGCAGCCAUCCAGAGGAAAUGGAAUAUCUAGCCGAAUUUGUGGACAAGGCUAUCUUUGGAGAUGCCAAGUCAGAAUUGUGAUCCACUUUGUGUCACAAUUAUUGAGCCGAAGACCACAUGAACACAAACCAACAUGCAAAUGGAGGUAGGUUGUAAUUGUCUGCUAUUGUUUUAUUAUUAUUAAGGUAGUCUCGUUUGUGUUAUG